GAGAAGUAAGUGGGUCUGAGGCAAUACGGCUGACUUGCCACAGUCGCACGGGCUCCGGUGUGAAGUUAAAGCGUCCAUGAAGCUAAUGGUCUCCUUCGUGAUGUAAACCACAAACAAACUCGGACUUCUGCACUUUUACCCUCAUGUUUGACGACAACGCCAUUUUUUUUUUAAAGCACUGACUCGGAUAUGACUUCAGCGGUCGACACAGCCUGCAGCGACUUCAAUCCAGAUUCAGAGUACUCGCCUCACGACGGAAUAACGCUUUAAAACACAGUUUCACACACUGGAAAAGGAGACUUGCUGAAUGAAACUUUCGCCCAUAUCUUCUGGAAGGGGAAAAGAAGCAAAUGUGGGUCUCGUGCUUCUUUGCAUUUACUGAGUUUACCUCUGCUGAUGUGGACCGCUGGAUGGGACGCAGCUAAAAUGUUAGGUCACCUCAAGUUCCUGGUCUGGAGGUUAGCCAUGAUGUCAGGGGUCGCUCGUUUUGGAAAAUGAUUACUGGAAGCACAGACGGAAAAAUUAUGGUCAGAAGAUGUCUAGUGACGUUCAAACCGUUCAGGAUAUUCGUGGUGGGAAUUGGCUUCUUCAGCCUCUGCUUUCUAAUGACCUCUCUGGGGGGGCAGUUCUCAGCCAAGAGACUGGGGGACUCCCCCUUCACCAUCCGCACAGAAGUGCUGGGAGGCGUGGAGUCACGUGGCGUACUGAGGAAGAUCAGUGACAUGCUGGAGGUGAUUCUGAAGAGGAUGGACAGCCUGUCCAAACUGGACAACACGUCCGCCACCGACGCACGACGCCUGGACGAGCUCAGCUCUGCUAUAAACAGGUUUCAACCAGCUGGCCUGGUGGAGAGGAUCCAAGCUAUAGCGCAGAAUGUCUCCAACAUGGCCAUCAGGGUGGAGCAGAUACUGCAGAGCAGUAUGGUGCAAGGCAGGGCAGUGAGAGAUGGGACGUCAGGCCAAUGUGAGGUGCCAAGAGACCCCCGCUUUCCAGAGUGUCCUGGGAAAGUAGACUGGAUGCGUGCCCGAUGGACAUCAGACCCCUGCUAUGCCUUCUACGGUGUUGAUGGUUCGGAUUGUUCCUUCCUCAUCUACCUGAGUGAGGUGGAAUGGUUCUGCCCCCCGCUGACCUGGAGGAACCAAAGCAGCCCCCCCAACCAGCAUACACAGCAGACAAAGGCCCCGAAGAGACAGGCUGCCUUCCGCACAGACCUUUCUGUACUGCUGGACCAGGUGGGAACUGGAAAGGAGUCCCUCAGCUUCAUGAAGCGCAGAAUCCGCCGCCUCGCCCAGCAGUGGGCAACAGCUGCCAACCGCCUCGAUGUCAAGCUAGAGCAGCGAUGGAGGGACCAGAAGAAGAUCCUGGUCCACGUCGGCUUCCUAACAGAGGAGUCUGGAGAUGUCUUCAGCCCCAAAGUGCUGAAGGGGGGUCCUCUGGGAGAGAUGGUCCAGUGGGCUGACAUCCUCACGGCCCUGCAUGUUUUGGGACAUAACCUCAAAAUCUCUAUGUCUGUCAAGGAGCUGCAGGGGUUUCUUGGUGUGCCCCCAGGCAGAGGCAGUUGCCCACUGACUGGCCCGCUUCCCUUUGACCUCAUCUACACGGACUACCACGGCAUGCAGCAGAUGAAGCAACACAUGGGGCUCUCGCUUAGGAAACACAAAUGUCAUAUUAGAGUGAUUGACACUUUCGGGACGGAGCCAGCGUACAAUCAUGAGGAAUAUGCAACAUUGCACGGAUACCGGACCAACUGGGGCUACUGGAACCUCAAUGCCAGGCAGUACAUGACCAUGUUCCCUCACACACCAGACAACUCAUUCAUGGGCUUUGUUUCGGAGGAGCUAAACGAGACAGAGAAGAGGAGCAUCCAGCAGAACAAAGUCAACAACAUGGCCGUAGUGUACGGGAAAGAGGCCAGCAUGUGGAAGCUUCAGCAGGGUAAGGAAGGUUUCCUGCAGAUUCUUCACAGAUACAUGGAGGUCCACGGCACAGUCUACUAUGAGACCCAAAGACCUCCGGAGGUCCCGGCCUUUGUGAAGAACCACGGCCUUCUGCCGCAGCAUGAGCUGCAGCAACUACUGCGCAAGGCCAAGCUCUUCAUCGGCUUUGGUUUCCCCUACGAAGGGCCCGCCCCUCUUGAAGCAAUAGCCAAUGGCUGCAUCUUCCUGCAGCCCAAGUUCCACCCACCUCACAGCUCACUCAAUCACGAGUUCUUCAGAGGCAAGCCCACUUCUAGAGAAGUGUCCUCACAGCACCCGUAUGCAGAGCAGUACAUUGGCAGACCUCACGUAAUGACAGUGGACUACAACAACUCGCUGGAGUUUGACACUGCCAUCAGGGAAAUCAUGAGGACAAAGGUUGAGCCAUAUCUGCCUUAUGAGUACACCUGUGAGGGGAUGCUGGAAAGAGUGCACGCCUACAUACAGCAUCAGGACUUCUGCUUCCCAGAGCCCCCCUACAUUCCAGCAAACCUUUCAAGACCCGGGUCUGCUGGAGGCAGCAGGAUCACAGGACCUCUGUUUGUACCCCUUCCCAACUCUACUGCCGCCGGCUGGGCAUCUAAUGUGACGGCUCCCGCUGCCUGGCCUCCUCUCAGCUCCCUCAGGCUGCUUGUAUCUCAAGAGGGUCAGUCUUGUGUGGAGGCGUGCAACUCAGCUGGUUUCAUCUGUGAACCUGCUCACUUCCGCUUCAUCAACAACAAGGAGGCCCUCAGAGGGUUAGAGGUGCAGUGCGAGGUUGUAGACUCCGAAAUUAACCACAUCCUACCAGCCUUCUCAGUGGUACGGCGGGAGUGCGGCCUCCAGCGGGAACCCCUCCUCUUCAGCUGUGCAGGACACUCCCCCAAAUACAGACGUCUUUGCCCCUGUAGAGACUUUCGCCAUGGCCAGGUGGCGCUGUGCAGAGACUGCCUAUAGUGACAGGACAGAUGAGGGACAGACACGAAAGAGUAAGACACAGAUUGACAACCCACAGGCCUGAACGGGUGUAGAGCUGUGAAAAAUUGCCUGAUGUUGCAGUGAGGCAGCUCCCUCCAAUCAUGGUAAAUAUAGAGAGAUGAGAAUCAGGCAUGCAUGGAGCUGAAGGUGAGCAUGACUAGCUGCCAAGAUUUCAGUGGACUGUAGUUGUUGUGACAGCUGUAAUAGUCCAACAUGCUGCAGAUGAAAAGCAGUUAGACUUCCCAGAACAGGGCUGCAGGCAUCAUCAAGAUCAAGGGAAAAGGGCAUUUGUUGCCAACCACAGUACAAACAGACAUUCACAUUAACCCUAAAACUACAGGAUAGUAGUACUUACUAUACACUGACCGGUCAAAUGAUAUUCAACAUGUCAUAUUUAGAACUGCGUCACAGGAAAAGUAAGGGGCUUCAGUUGGAAAAUAACCACAUGAAGAAGCAGUGACUGUAAAGGAACGCAGCUUUGGGAUUAUUCCGUCAUUCCAUGACAGAGUCUUCAAAUAUCUUUGCUUGGAGAAGGCAACCUCGGGUCAAUAUCCAAUCUCCUCUCUGCACUUGGACAAAGGAUGAUGGACAACCAGGUUAUCUUCCUCGCUCUUUCUCCCCUCCUCCAAUGAUGGGCAGAGUCAUUUAUCAGACCGAACCCCAAGUCUGAGGCAACAUCGCUCAAUGCAAUCAUCUGUGGUCGCGAAAAAACGAAGGGAGGGGGAGGACAGAGGACAAAGACAAAGGAUACAAGAUUAUUUUUCAAUAAAUAAGCUUUCAGAAAUCUCAACUGGGUUUUUAAAGAGUCCUUCAGGGCUUUAUGAUGGAAAAAAACAUUAAUUAAAAAAAAAUCUGAAUGAA